AUGGCUACGCUGUGCACAGGGAUGCCGCUGCUGCUGCUGCGUCAACGUUUAGCUAAAUAUUACAAGCAUGCGUCAACCGCCAACGACAGCGAUGAUGACGCCGGUAAAGAAGACUUCACAACGAUUAGCGUCAGCGCUGCUGGCAUCUAUCUAUCUAUCAGGACGGCCCCACAGGGACGGCCCCCACAGGGACGGCCCCCACAGGGACGGCCCCCACAGGGACGGCCCCCACAGGGACGGCCCCCACAGGGACGGCCCCCACAGGGACGGCCCCCACAGGGACGGCCCCCACAGGGACGGCCCCCACAGGGACGGCCCCCACAGGGACGGCCCCCACAGGGACGGCCCCCACAGGGACGGCCCCCACAGGGACGGCCCCCACAGGGACGGCCCCCACAGGGACGGCCCCCACAGGGACGGCCCCCACAGGGACGGCCCCCACAGGGACGGCCCCCACAGGGACGGCCCCCACAGGGACGGCCCCCACAGGGACGGCCCCCACAGGGACGGCCCCCACAGGGACGGCCCCCACAGGGACGGCCCCCCCUUUGGAGGGUUUCCCCCCCUUUGGAUAUCAAAAAAUUAUAA